UUAUUUUGAACUGUUUUGAACAUAAUUUUCUGAUUGGAAAGUAAUGUGUGUAACUUUUACGUGAGUAAAUACAUAGAAUAGUAAUUGUAUAAUAAUCGAUGUUCGAACACUAUGCGGAUAUUUCUGAAUAGUUAAUCUAUAAAUAUCUCGUAUACAUAACCUAUAAGCUGAUAAGCAUAUUGAUAACCUAAAUUCCUGCAUAUCCACCAAUCACCAUGUCUACGAUGGCAGGGGUUUGUAAAAUAAAAGAAGAAUUCGUAGUUCAAAGACCAUUGCUGAAUAAAACACCAACUAAUGAAGUGAACGGAAGUGAAGAAGCUAAACGGAAGUUAAAUGGUGACAAUAAUGAACCUGAAGCAAAGAAACCUAAGCAUGAGGAACAUUCAGGCAACAAGAAGAAUAAAAAGAGAGGCCAAAACAAAGCACGGCCUAAGACUUUUAGAGACAACAAGGAAUCUAAGCCAUGUCCAAGUAUUGUAAAUAUUGCUGUCAAAGACCAAAAAACAUGUGAAUAUACUAAUUGUAAGUAUAUUCAUGACCCCUUAGAGUAUUUAAAAUCGAAGCAAAAAGAUUUAGGUGAACAGUGUCAUAUAUAUAAUCUUAGAGGUUUUUGUGCCCGAGGCAUAGCAUGUAGAUAUGGUUCAACUCAUAUCUCCGCAGAAGGCUUUAACUUGAUUGAUGAAGAGAAAUACAAGAUGUGGCAUGAAGAUACGAAAAAUACUAUCCAAUCCACAUUACAAAACAAAUUACAAAAGAGAAAUUAUGACUUUACCUUAGCUGAAAAGUUGGUCAAGUCUUUGUUUAAAAAAGAUAAUAAGAAUAACAAAAAUCAAACAAACAUUAAAGGUGAUGAAGAAGUAACAACUGAAAAUAUUGGGGCUGCGAGUGAUGAAGACUUAAUUAAGCUACUACCAAGGGAAAAGAAAACUAUCGAUUGGAGAGAUAAAUUAUAUCUAAGUCCCCUCACAACUGUAGGCAAUUUACCAUUCAGAAGAAUUUGUAAGCAGUUUGGAGCAGAUGUCACAUGUGGAGAAAUGGCCUUGUGUGAGGCAAUGUUGAAGGGAGCUAAACAGGAGUGGGCUCUAGUAAAAAGACAUGAAUCUGAAGAUUUAUUUGGGGCUCAAAUUUGUGGAAAUAAUGCAUAUAUGAUCUCAAAAGUAGCCCAGCUUCUGCAAGAGAAUACAGAGCUAGAUUUCAUUGACCUGAACCUAGGAUGUCCUAUUGAUUUAAUUUAUAAAAAAGGUGGAGGUAGUGGAAUGAUGCAUAGACUAGCUGCCUUAGAGACGUCUGUAAGGAGUGCAUCUAGUUUAUUGUCAAUACCAUUCACAGCAAAAAUAAGAACUGGCAUUUAUCAAGAUAAAAAAAUUGCUCACAAUAUAGCUCCCAAAUUGGCCAAAUGGGGUGCCUCACUGAUAACACUGCACGGGCGGUCCAAAGAAGCCAGGUAUACCAAAAUGGCAGACUGGGAAUACAUUGAACAGUGUGCUCAGGCUGCAGCACCAUGCCCAGUUUUUGGAAACGGUGAUAUUCUUAGCUAUGAAGAUUAUAUCCAGAGAAGACAAUUAGCUCCAACUGUACAGGGUGUUAUGAUAGGGAGAGGAGCCCUAGUGAAACCAUGGGUGUUUACCGAAAUCAAAGAAGAAAGACUCUGGGAUAUCAGCAGUAAUGAGAGAUUUGAUAUUAUUAAGAAAUUUUGUAACUAUGGUCUUGAGCACUGGGGAUCAGAUACCCAGGGAGUUGAAAACACUCGAAGAUUUUUGCUCGAGUGGCUCUCCUUUCUUUAUAGGUAUGUCCCUGUGGGGUUACUAGAGAGACCUCCACAGAAAAUUAAUGAAAGACCACCAACAUAUUUUGGCAGAAAUGACUUAGAAACUCUUAUGGCUUCAGGCAACUGUGAAGAUUGGAUAAAAAUAAGUGAAAUGAUUUUGGGACCAGUUCCAGAUGGAUUUUUGUUUCUACCUAAGCAUAAAGCUAAUUCAUAUCAAUGAAAUCAUUAAUAUAAAUUUAUAGAAACA